CCCGCCCUGGAGGCAGCCUGGAACGUCCGGCUACUCCUCCGGCUGCUCCAGAGCCGGCGCCGGGACUGGUAGCCCCCAUAGGCCUCGCGCCUACCCGGCCCCCGCCAGUGUCCUGGGACCCCAGUCCUGAGCAUCUAUGAUCUCCUGCACCCGGCUUUCCAUCAUCCGGCAUCCCGCCCUCCGUUCGGUCCCCAUGCACUUCCGUUUGCUUCUGCUCUCACCAUCCCCUUUUUCCUCUUCCUCCACCCUGCCUUUCUGUCUCUCUUUCUUCCUAUCUCCUUGCCAUUCCUAUUAGUCCCCAGCCCCCUGUCCCCAAGCAGGCCAUAGCUGUCUUGGCCAGGCCUUUUUCCUUCUCUUGGUCUUGUCUCAUGAGCCCCCAAAACAGAACUUCAUCCAAAACGGAAGAGACCGUUGUUAGGUCUCCCCCAUAUGACAAUUGAGGGCUGCACACCCACGGCUUAGGGCCCUGUACUCCAGGGCAUGCAUUCUGGCCGUGGGAUGACCCAGUCUUCUGCCACCAUGAACAGGGCACCUCUGAAGCGGUCCAGGAUCCUGAGAAUGGCACUGACCGGAACCUUGGGUGCCUCUGGGGAGGCAGAAAUAGACAGCCGAGACAAGCCGUUUCUGCUGCGGGCGCUGCAGAUAGCAUUGGUGGUCUCUCUCUACUGGGUCACCUCCAUCUCCAUGGUGUUCCUCAACAAGUACCUGCUGGACAGCCCCUCCCUGCAGCUGGACACCCCCAUCUUCGUCACCUUCUACCAGUGCCUAGUGACCUCUCUGCUGUGUAAGGGCCUCAGCACACUGGCCACCUGCUGCCCUGGCACGGUGGACUUCCCCACCCUGCACCUGGACCUCAGGGUGGCCCGCAGUGUGCUGCCGCUGUCGGUGGUCUUCAUCGGCAUGAUAACCUUCAAUAACCUCUGCCUCAAGUACGUGGGCGUGGCCUUCUACAACGUGGGCCGCUCGCUCACCACUGUGUUCAACUUGCUACUCUCCUACCUGCUGCUCAAGCAAACCACUUCCUUCUAUGCCCUGCUCACCUGCGGGAUCAUCAUCGGUGGGUUCUGGCUGGGUGUGGACCAAGAAGGAGCGGAGGGCACCCUGUCCCUGACAGGAACCAUCUUCGGGGUGCUGGCCAGCCUCUGUGUCUCGCUCAACGCCAUCUACACUAAGAAAGUGCUCCCCGCAGUGGAUGGCAGCAUAUGGCGCCUGACCUUCUAUAACAAUGUCAAUGCCUGCAUGCUCUUCCUGCCUCUGAUGCUGAUGCUGGGUGAGCUCCAAGCCCUCCUCAACUUUGCCCAGCUGGACAGCGCCCACUUCUGGGUCAUGAUGACGCUUGGCGGCCUGUUUGGCUUUGCCAUCGGCUAUGUGACGGGACUGCAGAUCAAAUUCACCAGUCCCCUAACCCACAACGUGUCGGGCACAGCCAAGGCCUGUGCACAGACGGUGCUGGCUGUGCUGUAUUAUGAAGAGACCAAGAGCUUCCUGUGGUGGGCGAGCAACCUGAUGGUGCUGGGUGGCUCCUCAGCCUACACGUGGGUCAGGGGUUGGGAGAUGAAGAAGACACAGGAGGACCCCAGCCCCAAAGAGGAUGAGAAGAGUGCUAUGGGAGUGUAAGCUCCUUUAGGACCUGGGGUCGAGCUCAAGUGGGGCCAGCACAACACGAAGGCCGCCCCAUGGAGCUGGCUCAGUAUGGCCCUGAGUGGCUGGGUGUGGCCCUGAGCAAUAGUGUUUACAUACCUGGUCAGAAUAUGAUGAUCCAGGAGGGGCUGGGUGUUUCUUGGAAGGCUGCUAAACCUCCUGUCUGCCCCCUUAUCCUGUUUCAGGAAAACCCUACUGGAAAUGGCACCCCUUCCUGCCUCUUCCCAGGAGGCCUCUCUCUCUGCACAGUGGGACCAGCACAGCUUUAAGUGGCAGGAUUGACUGAGUGAUGUCUUGCCUUUCUACACAGGGGAGGUCACAGACAGCUAAAGGGAACUGUGCGAAUCCUCAUCUCUGGUGCCCUGGGCUGGCAGUGUAGGUGCUAUUGAAUCCAGAAGGACCCCAACCUGCCUUUGGAGUGAGGAUAUGGGCUGGUCUGACAUGUGUUAAGAUCAGGCCCCUGAAAUGGUGUGAAGGCUCAACUGUACAUGUGAGCUGCACCCAGGGGUGGUUGGUGAGAAAAUGUUCACCUCCGUAUUUCAUAUUUGCAGCUUUCGAAUGGGACAGAGAACGACACAUCUUUAUAGGUUAAGUAGGAUCAUGAACACUUUCCCAGUCCCUGACCCUAGAUCUACCUGCCUAGUUCCUCUUGGCCCUUAGGCACCACCCACCAUCCUUCUGGUCUCCAGCACCUGGCAUAGCUCCCUGGCUCAGGUAACAGCUUUUUGGACUUGGAGCCAGACCAGAGAGCUGCUGUUCUCCCUUGUCAUCCUCCCUCAGUACCUCCAUCAGCAGUAGGCUGAUGGGCCUGCUCAUAGGUUUCAUUUCUCUGUACUCAGCCCCAGAGCCUGGGUUCUGGGUCUCAUAAAGGAAGUAGACAUUUCUCUCCUUCCUGAGGUUGGGGCUGAAAGAACCUGCUUGUCCCCAGUGUUAACCUGUCAGGUUCCUGUUACAAAAUAGCCUAGACCCAGUGGCCAAAGUGGAUUUCUGACUGUUCUAGAGGCGGCAAAGCCAAGAUGAAAGCACCCGUAGAUCCAGUUUUAGAGGUGGCCCCUUCUCCGCAUCCUGUGGUAGAAACACAGACAAGCUCCCUCAGGCUCUUGUAUAAGAGCAUUGAUCCCUUUUGGGAGGACCUCACUCCAUGACCUGAUCACCCUCAAAAUCUCACCACCUUCAGCAAAAGGAUUCCAACAUGAACUUGUGGGACACAAAUAGACCAUGGCACCCCCACAUCACAGAGUGACUUUCACUGCCCCCAUCUCUCUGUUGGGCCUUUUGUACCACCAUCUCUUGGGGUGAUGACCUUUUGUCUCUAUAGUGAAAAGCUGGGAAGACUGAGGCUUCAGCCUCCACUUCCUGCCUCCCACAAAUCCAGGUGUGUCUAAUGAAGUUUCUGAGCUUCGUGUGAUUUUAACAAGUAAGAGUGAGACUGAGUGGGGUACACAGACCUGUGGGGCCCUCAGAGCCACGCCUGCAGAUUGUAGGUUUGUUGAGAGUUGAGCCCAGCUGGGGUAGGCAGCCUUCCUGAACCUGAAAUCUCUUAGGACAAUGGCUGGUCCAAAUAGCUACUCCAGGAAGUGGGUGGUCAGAAUUCAAAUGUCCAUUAGUACCAACUGCCACUGGCUAUGUGCUUGUUGGGGGCCAGACCUGGUACUGAGUGCUGACCAUCUGUCACUUAUCUUUACAGUCAUCUCCACCCUGUGGGGUGAGAGCCAUCGCUCACCCCCCAUUUUACAGAUGAGGACAGAGAGGCUCAGGAAGAAAAGUGGCAUCAGAAUCCAGAGUGAGAACUCAGCCUUCGGCAGUGCCCUGAACUACCC